AGUACACAAUUUCACUGAUUCUUCCGCCGGAGCAUAACCGGCGCCGCCGUAUCCAUCGCCUCCGCCACCAUCACCGGCGUACACACUUUCCCUUUCAUAGACAAUUUUUAAAAAUGGCAAUUAGAGCCAUUUCAAGACUAAAAAUUCCAUCUUUGCUCCUUAAACACCUUUCAGUUUCUCCAUUACCAUCAGUUUCUUCCACCUUAACAUCUUCUUCUUCAUGUUUUACAUCAUGGGUUCCAGAGCUUUCUAGAAGUUCAGUGAGGGAUGUGAGGUGGUACCAUGAUGGAAGACCAAGAGGGCCACUUUGGAGGGGAAAGAAAUUGAUUGGAAAAGAAGCACUUUUUGUGAUUCUUGGGUUAAGAAGAUUCAGAGAUGAUGAAGAAAAACUUGACAAGUUUGUUAAAACACAUGUCCUUAGGCUUCUUAAAAUGGAUAUGAUUGCUGUACUUAAUGAACUUGAACGCCAAGAAGAGGUCUCGCUUGCUGUUAAGGUGUUUUGGGUAAUUCAGAAACAAGCCUGGUACCAGCCCGAUGUCUAUCUUUACAAGGACCUGAUCAUUGCAUUGGCAAGACGGAGAAAGAUGGAUGAUGCAAUGAAGUUGUGGGAGAGUAUGAGAAAGGAAGAUCUAUUUCCUGAUUGUCAGACAUUCACUGAAGUUAUUAGGGGCUUCUUGAGAGACGGAUCUCCUGCAGAUGCUAUGAACAUAUUUGAGGACAUGAAAAAGUCUCCAUACCCACCCGAGGAGCUUCCUUUCAGGGUUUUGUUGAAGGGACUUUUGCCACACCCCCUAUUAAGAAACAGGGUUAAGCAAGACUUUGAGGAGAUUUUUCCGGAUCGGCAUAUAUAUGAUCCUCCAGAAGAGAUUUUUGGAUUACGUUGAGGUUCGUAUGCUUUAUAUUUUGCAUUAACUUGUUUCAUAUGGAGUUGCUCGUUGGUGCUCCUUAUAACUUGCAGGAAGUGGCUCCCCAUUAGCUCCUGCAUCAACUACUUAUAGAAGUUGUAGCUUAUUACGCUUAUUAUCUCAUUGGAAAAUUACUCCUCUUAAUAC